UAGAUUAAGAAAAGACACCUUAAUGCAAAUUCAUGAGUCCUUAACAAGUUCCUGAACUGAGUUAGUUCCGACAACUGUUAGUUUUAAGUAAGUUAGAUCGAGAAUCCAUCGAUUGAAGGGUGGGAUCUCCAUGUGGAAGCACCCUGCAACACCACGUGAGGCGCAUGCAGUAGCGAUUCCCUGAGUUCUUCCCCAAAGUAAGCUACAGCCAUUUAUUCAAAUAACCACACAACGGGGAAGGGGAAUACUGAGAACUUUUGAGGAUGGUUGGAUACACGGAUACAGGAUCCAAAGUUCCAUCAUAGUGCAUACGGAGGUUUGGUAAUAAAUGGAGCCCUGGCCCAGCUCCCUUUCACAGCACAUCUUAUAUUCGCCGGCUCUACAGACCCAUCUGGUAGUCAUUUCCCAUGUUGCAGAGUGUCCAGUCAGAAUGGCUAAACUUAGCAGUUGCCAGGAACCCACUCAGAUUCCUUGACCAGUGGAGUAAAAUUAUUAUAUAGCAAAGGCCAAGUGACCCCACGCCCCAACACACACUAGGCCAAUAUAGUAAAUAGAAAACAUUGCGUCUCAGGAGGAAUGGCAGAAAUCAAUGGCGUUCUCAAAUAGUUAAGGAAUGCCUGGGGGUGGUCUCCAUCAUAUCCCCGGGUAAUUUGCCAGUCUGGUCCUUGAAGAACAGAAUGAAUCAUGGCAGAUGAUGGUGGGCUACUGAAGAAUUAACCAAGUAGGACCCCCAAUGUUUAGCCACUGGGCCAGAUCUAGUAUAUUUAGUAGAGCAAAAUAACACAGCCUUUGUUAUGUGGUAAGGAGCUACUGAUCUGAUUAAUGUGCAUAUUGAUUCACUGUUAGACCAAUGCUUAAAAUCAUUAUUAUUCAUUUGUAUUUCAAAAAGUUUAAAUUUUAACAGAAAUUCUCAUAUCUGUCUGGCUAGUUCACAAAUAAGUUUUUCUUUUCCUUGGAGCGUAUGUCUUGCUUAACAGAAUCCCCUGGAGGAGUGAACAGGCUUCAGAGGUAAAAAAGAAUCCACUGGCACAAAGAUCAAAUCACUUAAAACGUGAAGACUGUCAAGCUGGACUUAUACCUAUCCAUACGAUCAGUACAUGUUAGAAAAUAGUGGAAUGAUGUCCCAAAUAUCCACAGGGGCAGUAUCUGGAAGUGAGGUUUCCUCCAACUCUCCUCUGGGAGCUGUUGCAGGCAAGAGAGUGAACAGAUCCCUCACUCUGCACUCUUGAGUUACUCUCUCACCCUUCCACCUGCUCACCCCACCUCUCCCCUUCCUGUUCUCCAGCAUAUCUUUGGAGGGGAUCCUGGCUCUAGCAAUGGGGGCAGGAAGGGGUAUAGGGGCAGGCAUUGCAGUUCUCACUGGGCUGGGCUCCCUGAGUUGCUGAGGGGACAUGCAGCAGCUGCCCAUCAUGCUGUGAGGGGAAGCCGGUGCUAUUUCUUCCAGCCAAGAGGAGAGGACUUCCUGAGAGCAUGACGAGUUCUGGGACAGCUGCUGCCUGAGGAAAUGAAGUAAAAACACACACACAGACACAAACCCUCACACAGACACACACACACACACACACACUCUUCUUGUGCUUCGGGUACUUUGGCCAGGAGAGUGGGGGUCAUAACAGAGAUUUAAACAGAACGAAAUUCUAUCUGUUGCUGCCUGCGAGCCUGCAGGUUGGAAACACCCUGAAGCCAUUGCUUCCAUUUCAGAUGAUCUGAAAAUCCCUGUUUCAGUUCACCCUCAACAACAGCGGGUUAUUCUCCAGAGCCCACUCUUUAACAGCAGGGCCGCCUGCUCCUUCAGCUGCAAUUCUUCUACUCUUCACUAAAGCUGCCAGGAAUGAAAGGGGGAGGGGAGGAUGGGGGCGGUGGCAGGGGCAGAGCCUGGCAGAGAGCUGGGACCCCGAGGGCUCCAGCCAAGGACGCUCCUCUCUGCCACUUUCCCUGCUGUUCUUGCUUCUGCUCAAAGCUGCCAGGAUGUGUGGCAGGUUCCUGAGGUGGCUGGUGGCUGAGGAGAGCCGGCACUCCACCCACGUGGGGCGCCUCCUGCUUCCCGUGCUCCUGGGAUUCCGCCUUGUGCUGCUGGCUGCCAGUGGGACAGGGGUCUAUGGUGAUGAGCAGAGUGAAUUCGUGUGUCACACCCAGCAGCCAGGCUGCAAGGCCGCCUGCUACGAUGCCUUCCACCCUCUCUCUCCACUGCGCUUCUGGGCCUUCCAAGUCAUCUUGGUGGCCGUGCCCAGCAUCCUCUACGUGGGUUUCACUCUGUAUCAUGUGAUCUGGCACUGGGAAGAAUCAGAAAAGGUGAAGAAAGAAGAGGAGACCCUGGUCCGCCAAAGGGAGGACAGCAGAGAUGCCUCAGGAUCUGGAAGCUCCAGGCUGUUCUGGGCCUAUGUGGCACAGCUAGGGGUGCGACUGGUCCUCGAGGGGGCAGCCCUGGGGGGGCAGUACCAUCUGUAUGGGUUCAAGAUGCCCAGCUCCUUUGCAUGUCGUCGAGAGCCUUGCCUUGGUAGCAUAACCUGUACUGUGUCUCGCCCCUCUGAGAAGACCAUCUUCCUAAAGACCAUGUUUGGGGUCACUGGGCUCUGUCUCUUGUUUACUCUCUUGGAGCUUGUGCUCCUGGGCCUAGGGAGAUGGUGGAGGACCCGGAAGCAUAAAUCUCCCUCUUCUAAUUACUUCCCAACUUCAGAGAGUACCAGAAGACACAAGGAACCAACUGAUAAAUUCCUGGUGGUGGAAACAAAAGAGCAGUUCCGAGAAGCAGAGUUAUGAAGACACCUGGCUUACCUCUGAAGGAAACCCUAUGAUUGGAUCUUCUUCCAAACAUCCUAUGAGUGGGGUUUUGCCUCCAUGACAAAUUAGAGGCUGUUGAAGCAUCUCUAAGGGCCAUGACGGGCCAUGCUAUCUAAAGCAUUUCCUUGAAGAAUGCUUGCUUGUGCCUUCUCAUCAGAAUUCUCUGGUGUCAGCAUAACAAUUUUCAUGGGCUUGGUUUCAGAGUCAGCCAGCAGAAGCCUCCAUUAAAACUGUGCCUCUCCCCUAUCCUGUACAAUAAAUAUCGACUACUAUUGUUGGAAUUCCUCUUGCUGAAGACAAUCCUCCUUCCCGUCUCAGUGACUCUACUUACCUCUCCUAUUGUUCCACACUUUCUGCUCUCCCCACCUUCAAAGUACUUUAACCUAUGAAUGCCCUCAGCUCUGCAGCAUAUAUCAUAACCAGAAGCUCUGGCCCUCCAAACAUGUAUGACCCAGUGUCCUUUAAUAUAUAGAUUAGGUUUAUUCAAAUACCUGGCCACACCCUUUAGGAAGAUUACUGGGAAAUCAGAGGCUUAUGUCUCCUUGACCACUGACAACUCUGAUUUCUACUCAAUCCUCAUCCUCUGCUUGGUGCACUGUAGCACCUCCUAUGUGGGGCCAAGGCCCUAGUUUUUAAACGCAUACGUCUCAAUACCACACAGAAAAGACAGUAGAGAUUUGCUGCUGAUUCAGGGGUAACAGUGAGGGAUGUUUACAUCACAGUAUAAUUCAAUAGAUGAUUUAAAGCUUAAUAUCAGGCUUCUCUUUUCUUGAAUGUCUCAGUCAUUUCUGUCUGAGACUGUUCUAGCCUCCCACUUUUUUGCAGAAACACCUCUCUUCUCGGUUCUUCCUUGCCCUUAAAUUCUCAACAAAGAGUAGCUACCUAGUGUUUUUUUCUUCCUUCUGAAUCCCAAAUUAUCCCCAAGUAAACGAGGAGGGCCCAUUCCUAAGGAAAGAUAUUUGGUUCCCCAAGGGACACUUUGGCAACAACUUGCAAAAUAAUAAUUUUCCUUUCUGCUACACGAAUGUCUCAUAAAGAAUCCCUUACCUACUGUAGCCAGAGCCCAGCCAAGUGACCAGGCAAAUGUCAUCAUUCUGAAUUCCUCCUUGAUAGCAUCCCUUUUUAAUCAGCUGUAUUGAGAUAUAGUAUAUAACAUACCAUAUAAUUCACCCAUUUAAAAUAUACAAUUCAAUGGUUCUUAGUAUAGUCAGAGUUGUGCAUCCAUUAACACAGUUUUAGAACAUUUCUUCAACUCAAAAAGGAACCCUCCAAUGCUUAGCUAUUACCCCCCAACCUCCAGACCCCCUAAAAUAAGCAACCACUGAUGUACUUUCUGUCUCUAUAGGUUUUCCUAUCUCGGCUUUUCAUAUAAAUGGAACCACACAAUAUGUGGUCUUUUGUGUCUGGCUU